GCAGCAAUGGCUACCCUGAAGCUUUUCUUUUCAUUUCUCAUGGUUACAGUUCAUUUGAUUUCAUCCAUGGCGGCCAAUAGGCAUAUGCUUAUGGGUAAUCAAAUGAUUGACCCAAACUGGUAUGAUGCCCAUGCAACAUUUUAUGGUGAUAUGACUGGUGGUGACACCAUGCAGGGAGCUUGCGGAUAUGGUGAUCUAUUCAAGCAAGGGUACGGACUCCAGACGACAGCACUAAGCACAGCAUUGUUCAACAAUGGUCUCACCUGCGGGGCUUGUUUCGAGAUCAAGUGUUUCAAUGACCCUCAAUGGUGUUAUCCGAAAGCCGGCUCUGUCAUAGUGACCGCAACCAACUUUUGUCCUCCCAAUUACUCGAAACCGGAGGGGAACUGGUGCAAUCCACCAUUAAAACACUUUGAUCUAUCAAAGCUGAUGUUCACUAAGCUAGCGUAUUACAAAGCCGGGAUCAUCCCGGUCAAGUACCGUCGUGUCUUGUGCUACAAGAAAGGUGGGGUUCAGUUCCAGAUUAAGGGAAACCCUUACUGGACAUUGGUGUUGUUGUACAACGUUGGAGGAGCUGGUGAUAUUAAGGAUGUUAAAAUCAAAGGGUCGAGUACCGGGUCGUGGUUGCAGAUGAGCCGCAAUUGGGGUGUGAAUUGGCAGACGGGAGCGAAGUUAGUGGGGCAAAGCUUAUCGUUUCAGGUGACGACUAGUGACGGUAAAAUGAUCCAGUUCGAUACCGUUGUGCCAGCUAAUUGGCAGUUUAAUCAAGUAUUUGAUGGGAAAAAGAACUUCUAGGACAAUCUCUCUCUUUUUUUUUUCUUUUUUUUUUUGGUUUUUAAGGUGGUUUACAGUUUAGGGUUUUGAUUAGUGCAUGCCCUUAGGAGUGCAUGUUUGUUUUAUAUAAAACAAGAAAUUUAAUAAACAU